AUGUUGGAAGAGAAAGAGGAUGGUACCAAGCAUGAGCAGAGUCUAGAGGGAGAGCAUCAAGAGAGACCGGCAGACAAACUCACGGGCACACCACCACAACAUGGUGAUCACAUGCAAUCACGGUUGCUCACGAAAAAGCAAUUGUCCGACAUGGCCUUUGGUAUCCGUGAGCUGUCCAAGCGCCUGGGUCGAGUCAAGUUGAUGCUCAAGGUCAAGAAUAUCUUCGUGCUUACCAAGCUCACUGAUGCCACUCUUUGUGUUAAGGCGGCAGAGUUGACAAAGUGGUUGCUGGAUCAGAAAGAGGCACAGUACACUGUAUAUGUUCAGGACAAACUCAAGGAUUUGAAGACCUUCGACAUUCCGUGGAUCCUCGAAGGAGACGAAUCAAAGACAAGCAGGCUCAAGUACUGGGAUGAAGAGCUUUGCAAAAAGACGCCACACAAGUUCGAUAUCGUUCUCGCUCUUGGAGGUGAUGGCACAGUUCUCUUCGCUUCUCUUCUAUUCCAACGCAUCGUACCUCCUGUCCUCAGUUUUGCCAUGGGAUCGUUAGGUUUCCUUACCAAAUUCGACUUUGCGAGGUACACAUCCAUUUUACCCAGAGCCUUCAAUGACGGCAUUACUGUUUCUCUGCGUCUUCGCUUUGAAGGCACUAUUAUGCGAAGCAUUCGUCGCGAAGGCGAUAGCGAUGAUGACCACAAACAAAGAAGACUGGACGAGGAGCUUGUGGGCGCCGAAGCUGAUGAUCACCACACACACAAGCCGGAAGCAGCAUACCACAUCCUCAACGAGAUUGUUCUCGACAGAGGUCCAGGAGGAUCCAUGGUCGCGCUAGACGUCUACGGCGAUGAAGAGUGCUUUACCACCAUUGCAGCUGAUGGGUUGAUUGUCGCUACACCAACAGGCAGUACAGCAUACAAUCUGGCAGCAGGUGGAAGUCUUUGUCAUCCAGACAAUCCCGUCAUUCUUCUUACAGCCAUUGCUGCACACACAUUGAACUUCAGGCCAAUCAUCCUUCCUGACACUAUGGUUUUGCGCAUUGGUGUACCAUACGACGCGCGCAGUUCUGCAUACACCAGUUUUGAUGGAAAAUAUAGAACCGAGCUCAACCCUGGCGAUUAUGUCACCAUCUCUGCGUCACGGUUCCCUUACCCCAGUGUCUUACCUCUGAACAAACGCAGCGAGGACUGGAUCGAAAGCAUUUCGCGCUCGUUGGAUUGGAACUCACGAGCGAAGCAAAAGCCAUACACGGAAGAGAAGAAAAAGGAGGAGGGCGAGCAAAAGCAAGAUGGCGAGAACAAGUCCUGA